GCGCAUGCGUGAGUUUAGCCGUCGGCGUGCCCAGCAGCUCUCAGUUGGUUCUUAACCAGCAGAGAAACAGUCAGUCAGUCAGUCAGUCAGUCAUCAGCACACAGACCAGCCGUCCUGUCAGCAGCUAUGAAGAACCUGCGCUUUAAGGACUUCUUCUGGAACACUGACCUGACCUCCACUGGUGGCUAUGAUGCUAUCAUCCUGUAUCUCAACGAUGGCAGGAGGACAUGCAAGGAGGUGGAGGAUUUCAUGAAAGCCAGGGCAUCAAUUGAAGAGAAGUACGCCAAAGAUCUCCUUGGUUUGUCCAAGAAGGUGUGUGGACACAAUGAGAUGAACACCUUAAAAAAAUCCUUGGACAUGUUCAAAUUACAGACAGAACACAUGAGCCUAUCACACUUACAGCUGGCGCACGGCAUGAGGGAGGAGGCCAAGAAAGUGGAAGAAUUCAGAGAAAAACAAAAAGAAUUGAGGAAAAAGUUAGAGCAACAGAUGGAUGCCCUCCACAAACAGAAGACCUCACAGUUCAAGAAGACAAUGGAUACAAAGAAGACGUACGAGCAGAAGUGCCGAGAUAAAGAAGAAGCAGAUCAGAACGUGAACCGAAACGCCAACACCAACAACACCAAGCAGAUAGAGAAGCUCUACGCAAAAGCGCAGCAAGCAAAACAGAAUGCAGAAGAAGCAGACAGGUUGUAUCAGCAGAAUGUGACCACGCUGGGAAAGGUCCGUGAUGACUGGCUGAAGGAACAUAUCAAGGCCUGUGAGAUGUUUGAGAAACAGGCGAUGGAGCGCAUCAACUUCCUGAGAAACAUAGUCUGGACUCACCUCAACCAGCUUUCCCAGCAGUGUGUGAACAGUGAUGAGCUGUAUGAGGAAGUGAGAAAGUCACUGGAGCAGUGUGAUGUCCAGGAAGAUAUUGAGCACUUCAUAAACCUCAGACGGACCGGUGACAAACCACCGGCUCCUGUUGUGUACGAGAACUUCUACAGUGGUCAGAAGUCUCCAGCUGGACCUCCACCCUCUCGACUGCCUCCACCAGUAACCAGGAGGGGGCCAUUACCUGAUCCAACAAACCACAGUAGAGGUGAUUCAAUCUACUCGACGGUGCAGGACGCAGGGUACAGCGUUAUCCAGUACUAAUGCACAGAUCAGCUUGGCGAGUUGAAGUUGUACCGUUUGUAACGGACAUGAAGGUUACACAAGUGUAAUCACUUCCUCAUCUGGUAUUUCCUGUAUAGAUAGGGACAUAUACCCGAUGGAAAUGAGUGUGAUAACUGUGUCCAUGCAUGUUUUUAUUACGUUAGUUCUAUUAUAAACAGAACAGUAAAUGCCAUUGUAGUUUAUUCUUUAGGAAAUGAAGUCUUUGAUCCAGUAUUUUGAUGAAAAGGACAUUCUGGAAAAUCAGAUAAUGGACAUGUAAAAGGAAACCCAGCUAAAAUAAAACAGGUCACUUCCCCUGUCUGGAUACAGAGCUUAUUUAUAACCCAUAUGUUGAUGUUGCACAUGGCUCAAUCUUCACGGCGAUUGCAUUGUAAUUUAUUGUCAUUUUUGUAUUUAUUUUGUGGAUCUGCACUUCCAUCCAGUUUAAAAAAAAUUUAGAUGACGUGUCAUCAGCUAACUUGUUUUCAUUUCCUCUUUGAUGUGAGAGUGGUCAGUCAACUGAGAGCGAUCUUGUGAUUGGUGAUCACACACACACUUCAUCAUCUUCAUGGUGUGCAUUUAAAGAUUUCUUCACACCCUGUUCUUUGUCACUCAGCCUGCAACACAGUUUUGAAAGUCUUUUUAAAUCAAUGUGCUAAACAAAGGCUCUUUUUCUAUUGUGAGGAAGUUAAGUUUGAUUAAGUUUCAUGCUUCAGAUUGACAUGAACUAAUUAGAAUAUAUAUAUAUAUCUGAUGAUGACAUACAAUAUUUUCUGUGUACUUGAGGAGGAUUGUUCAAAUAUUUGCACUUUGAGUUUGCUUUAUUUAUGUAAACUGAGUUUGAAACUGCAGGAGUAAGGACAGAUUAAAAGUAAUUUCUGUGUACAGCUGGCCUGGUGUUGGUUUUGUAUUAAAUUAAACUUGUAUGACAGUUUCUCUUUUGACAGUUCAUCUUAUCUGUGAUUAUUUCUGAUUUUAUUGCACAGUUACCUUUAAUCUCUGUUUUGUCCCUGCGUCCACACCCACCAUCUAUUUAUGUACUUUUGAGGGCAGCAUUUUAUUUUGACUAUCAACUA